AGUAUAUAAGAGGUGAGCCAAGUAGCGGUCAGGCCAGUUGAGGACAAUGCACCGGCAGAUAGUGUCAUCGACUCCAAUUUCGCGGGGUUCACGAAGGUGGAUCCGCGGGCUCUUUCUCCUCGCAUUAAUCGCUCUUCAAGGUGUUUCUUCCGCUGUGAUAAAUUCGCCUUCCGAUGCACCCUCGGACGGGGUAGUAUUGCGAGCCGUUGGAAUACCGGAAGAACGUGUUACCUAUGAGGGUUCACAAGUCUGGAGCAUUUCCGCUACCGAGGAGCAGUUCGAUUUCUUAUCCUAUCUUCAAGACAGAGGAGAUCUGACAAGAUGGGGAGGAAAUGCUACUGCCGUCGACGUUCUGGUACGCCCCGACGAUAUCCCGAGGGUAACGCGGUUCCUGAGAGAGAGAAACGUCAAUUACGACGUUAUUAUUAUGGAUUUGCAACAAGCGAUAGACAAGGAAAACCCACUCCCAUCUAUAGAGUCAAUGGAGGAACUCGAAGGACGGAAAGGCCACCGAAUGGAGUGGUCCAGCUAUCAUCGACUGGAUGACAUCACAGGGUACCUUGAUUACUUAGCUGAGACCUUUCCUGAUCUAUGCUCCGUUAUGAGUAUAGGAAAUUCGGUUGAAGGUCGACCGCUCAAGGUACUAAGAAUCAGCAAUGGAAAUGCUAAGGCGCCUGCACUCUGGAUUGAUGGAGGAAUUCAUGCCCGAGAAUGGAUAUCGCCAGCAGCAGUGACUUUCAUUAUCCAGUACCUGGUCGAAAACAGCGAGGAGCUGGAAGCAGAUUAUUACAUUCUGCCAGUGGUGAAUCCUGACGGUUACGAGUACACCUUCAGAGGUGAUCGCUUGUGGAGAAAGAACAGAGCUAAUCCGGAAAAAGGUGGUGUUUGCAUUGGUGUCGAUCUAAACAGGAACUUUGGUUAUCGAUGGGGUGGUCAGGGGACCAGUAAACAACCCUGUCGAGAAAUAUUUGCUGGCACUGGACCAUUUUCUGAACCAGAAACAAAGGCUAUUGAGUCUUUCUUUGCUACAAGCGCAGCAAACUUCAAGGCAUUUUUAACCUUCCAUAGUUAUGGCCAAUACAUCUUAUAUCCUUGGGGCUACGACAAACGUGUACCACCAGAUUACGCUGACUUGGAGCGAGUUGGAAAGCAGGCAGCGGCAGCUAUGAAAUCAGCAGGCGGUGCUGGUAGCGUUUAUGCAGUUGGAAACAGUGCUUCCCUUUUAUAUUCUGCAUCCGGUGGAGCAGAUGAUUGGGCAAAAGCGAUUCCCAAAAUUAAAUAUGCAUACACAAUUGAGCUCAGGGACCAGGGAAGGCAUGGAUUUAUUCUGCCAGCUCAGUAUAUAAUUCCAACUGCUAAGGAAGCAUUGGCGGCUGUUCAAGUAAUUGCAAAAGCUGCCAAGCUAGAUCCAUAAUUGUUUUAAUUUAUUCCUACAGUUUAUUAUUUUUCAUCAUAUUGCUUUAUUUUGUUUUUAAUUACAUGAUUCUUC